AUGCGAUGGUCCAAGCUGUUCAUUCCGACGCUGCGCGACGCACCCGCCGACGCUGAGGCAGCCAGCCACAAGCUGCUGGUGAGGGGCGGGUUCAUCCGCCAGCUCCACGCCGGGCACUACUCGCUGCUGCCUCUGGGGCUGCGGGUGCACGACAAGGUCGAGAACAUCGUGCGCCAGGGCAUGGAGGAGAUCGGCGCGCAGGAGUUCCUGCUGCCGGCCAUGCACCCGGCCUCGAUCUGGCAGCGCUCGGGGCGCUGGGAGUCGGUCGGGCCCGGAGAUGUUCCGGCUGCAGGGACCGCAAGGAGGCCGACCUGGCCCUGGGCAUGA